AUGGCUGCAUUACCGCAGAAACAAGCAAACGAUGACGCCUUGAACUUACUAAGAGGCAGGGUCAUAAUAGAAUCAGACCAUGUCAAAAGUGUAUCUUCUAUGGAAUUUCCCGGUCUGAGCGCAAGAAUGGACACUAACUGGAAUUUUGAUAGUUUCAAAGAAGUACCUACAAUGGCCAUCGAAACUGUCUAUGUUCAUAACAAUACCUCGAUAAUAGUUGAUGAAGUGCUUGCGCAUCGAUUAGGCUUGAUUCCAAUAAAAGUUGAUCCAGAAAAUUUUGAUUUUCGGUCAAAGAAUCCUGACGAUCCGCCAACUGAUAGAGAUACAAUUGUUUUCGUGUUAAACAUUGAAUGUAAAGAGAAUCCAACAGCAAAUUCUAAUGAGCGAGAUCCGAAUAAACGAUUUAUUAAUUCAAAUGUCCAUUCUUCAGAUUUAAAAUGGGCUCCUCAAGGUGAUCAAGGCGUAAGAUAUGAAAAUAACCCGAUCAAACCGGUGCAUGAUGAUAUUCUAUUAGCAAAAUUAAGACCAGGACAGGCUCACUGUGCAAAAGGGAUAGGGAAAGAACACGCGAAAUGGUCUCCUGUUGCUACCGCUUCAUACCGUUUAUUACCUGAAAUCAUACUAAAAAAAGAAAUAAAAGGAGACCUUGCGUAUAAAUUCGUUUCAUGCUUUCCAGAGGGAGUAGCAGAAGUCAUAGAAAAGGAGAAUGGCGAAAAAGUCGCUAAAGUGGUAAACCCCAGAAAAGACACUGUAAGUCGUGAGGUACUCCGACACAAGGAAUUUCAAGAUAUUGUGCAGUUGACUCGAGUCCGGGAUCACUUUAUCUUUAACAUCGAGAGCACAGGAAUAUUACCACCCGAAAUUCUAUUCCAACGAUCUAUCGGGAUACUAAUUCAGAAAUGUGCUAUUGUCAAAGAAGCGUUACGAAGAAGAUUAAAAGUCUUGGAGGAGGAAGAAGUCAAUAGUGGCGGUGGUGCUAAUAAUAUGGAAACAGAUUAA